GCCUUGGACUGUAGCUAAAAUGUUGCUCGACGAAGAUCCUGCUACUGUACGUUGACGAUCUGUUGCCAUGCCAUGUCGACAAGCAGCUAAUGUUUGUCUAGCUCAUCCAACACACAAUUGGAAAUUUCAAUAUCAACCCCGACAAACUCGCAGUGACCCGAAUCAAUGAAUCGUUAACUGCACUUCAACAAUCGCGAGACUUGCGCAUGCGCGAAGCAGAGACUGCCUUAAGAAAAUUAUCGCGCAAUUUGAAAUCCCUAGAAGCGAACUAUGACGAGACCGUGGCCGCACACGAUCCAGCCCGUCACGCCCAGGAGAUUCUCGAACUGGAUGCGCAAAAGUUCCGUAUUGCAAAGGCCGCAUCUGAUUUGGAAAUUGAGUCGGAACGUCUAGAGGGGGAUUUGGAGAUGCUGAAAGAGCGACUGGCGGAGCUCGAGGCACAGGGACUGGAAGGUGAUGAGACUGUACGUCGAGAGAGGGAGGCUGACGACGCUACUAUAUUGCGACUCAAGGUCUAUCGUUCCCUUGGCAUUGACGUUGAGGCCGACGACGCUGGGAAUUAUAACAAGGCGAUUAUUCGAAACAGUCGCAAAGGUGAUGUCCAUGUGGUUAAGAUCGAUCCGAAGUUCUCCCGAUUUUUCUAUGCGAACUACUUCUGGCAAACCAUGCAAGGUUAAUACACGCUAGUACCAAUUUUUGAUGUGAAUUUACGACGGCAAUGAUGGCGUUGAUGGAGUUGACUACAAACACCGGUGUUUUAUUUAUCUAUAUACCCUUUACAUUGGAACAAUAUUUUACAACUAUCGAUUCACUUCAGAAUCGAGUGCUUUGGGUUGAAAAUUGGAGGAGCCGUCUUAGCACAGAUACCGUGCUCGUACUUCAGAUAUAAUGAUCAAUUGAAUCUUUCUUUGAAUUUUUC